ACUCGAGAAACACUGAAAGAGCAACCAGAAGCCACAGGAAACACACGCAUACCAAUGACGACUUUCCGAGAACACGUCCAUCCGUCAGUGUGGUUUUAGUCGGUCUCAGAGACACAGAGAGACACACACUUACGGAGUGCAUAUGUGUCAAUUGUGAAUUUGCUCAGUCCAAAAUGAACUCGAACAAAUAACCCGUCAUUUUAUUGUUUUGAGUGUGCGAAUGUGUACCGGUCCAAGCUAUCCGGGUUCAUGAUGAGGCACUUACUCAUCAUCGGCGUGACAGGUCUGUUAUUGCCCGUUUUGAUCACGGCCGAGUCGUUUCACGUGGACACAUUUCCACCGCCAUCAGGUGAUCCAGAUGUGAUCCCAGUGACAACUUUUGUGCGGACCACCGGAACCAAUUUCUCCGUGCCAUGUCCGGAAAUCCGGGAUGCCGAUGGCUUGGGGAUCCAUUCCCUGGAAUGGUUUUGUCGGGGUUGCGAUGGCCAGAGUCACAACGCGUUUGGAAACUCCAAAAUGGAACACUUGGAGACCAAAGUGGUUUCCUUCAACGCGGAUGGAACCGUGAUCCUCAUGGCACCAGAGCGGAUUUUCAUGUCUUCGACCAAUUUCAGUCUCAAUUUCUCGCCCCUGAAUACGCUGGACACGGGCGAAUACUUCUGCCUGGUCAACGAUCAACGGCAACCGUCCCUGAUAUCGCGAGUGAUCGUUCAAGACAACAACAAGCCAGGAAGACGAGCGGUUCCGGAUGCGCCUGGGAAACCCUUGAUAAUGGGUUUCACGUCUCGAUCGGUCAAUCUCUCAUGGGCUCCACCCUUGAACACUCACAACUCGGCACUCUCCCAUUAUUUGAUCCACGUGCGCGUGGGGGAGGAUGGUGGUUGGAACCAAAAGAACAUCAUCGAUACCCCCAACAAUGCGACCGUGUUCCAAGUUCGCGACCUUCUCCCUUUCACCACCUACAGCUUCAGGGUGACUGCUGUCAACGCCAUCGGUCGAUCUCAUCACAGCAAGGAGUCUUACUACAUGAUCACCUUGCGGGAAGUUCCCACUGGAAAACCUACCAUCACCGCCGCCCAUAACACGAGCUCCACGUCCAUUCAGAUCUCGUGGCGUCCGCCGAAUCAAAAAACGAUUCACGGUGAAUUCCUGGGAUAUCGGAUCGCAUUCAAGCCUCGAAAUGCCGGGGCUGAGGCGGUCAAGGAGAUCUCUGUUAAGGAUCCGGCCAUCACCAAGCAUACCAUUCAGAAAUUAGCCAUCUUCACACAAUAUCUGGUGUCGCUCCAGGUGCUGAAUCCCGAGGGUUUGGGCCCAAGCACCACUGUGGUGGUGAUGACCGACGAAGGAGUUCCCUCGAUGCCCCUCAACGUGUCAAUGGACGAGGUGACCAAUUCUUCGCUCAGACUACAUUGGAGACAGCCUUCCCAUCCAAACGGCAUCAUUCAAGGCUAUCGGCUCUACUACAUGCAAACCAAUUUCACCGACGUCAGGACCGUCAGGAACCCUCGAAGUUCCAUGGACUUCACGCUCAAUGGACUAGCUCCGUACACCAAGUACCGCAUCUGGUUGAAGGCUUUCACGUGGAAGAAUGAGGGACAGCCAUCCCGACCGUUCGAAAUGGUUACGGACGUGGCCGGGCCCGGACCCCCCAUUAUUACCAACCUCACUUGCAAGGACGAGCAAUCCAUUUAUCUGCAAUGGGAGCCACCCAGAGUGGUUUACAAGACCGUGGACUAUUAUUACAUCUAUUACCGUAAUGAGGAGCAAUGGCAGUUCAAGGAAGUGGCUGUCGGCAUGAACGGGACCAUCACCAAAGGAUCCAAGAGUGUAUAAGGGCGACUUCUCGGAGCCGCAAAAGAUUUUGCUCAGGUUGAAUUGCGACCAAGCCCAAGCUUUCACCAUCGUACGAUCCUCGGAGGACCUGACCCUUGACCUAAGUGCUGGUAUGAUUGCUGGAGUGGCAUGUGUAACCUUCUCGCUCAUCUUGGGACUGCUGGCUCUUGGAUUGUGGAGGAAAUACUUCAAUGAGGCCUAUUACUAUUUGGACGAAUCCCCAGCCACUCCAGCUCCAUCGAUUGUUCCCGAUUGGGAUUCUGAUCCCGUUUCCAACUCUGCGAACGAUGGCAUGUCCACUGCCAUUCCCAUCUCCAUUUACAUCCAACGCGUGGUGAGCCUCCACUCCGAUGGGGAUAUUGGAUUCACCAAGGAGUUUGAAGCCAUUCAAGCCAUUUCCAAUCAUGAAAAUGGGUCCACCUUGUCCACUUUGGCCUCCCGACUCCCCGAGAAUCAAUCCAAGAAUCGCUACCCAAAUGUGAUUGCUUACGACCACUCUCGAGUCCAAUUGAGACCUUUGCCAGGUCACAAACGAGGAGAAUACGUCAAUGCCAACUACAUUGACGGCUUCCAAAAGGCCAGGGCUUACAUAGCCACUCAAGGACCCCUGCCGUCCACUUUCGACUCCUUUUGGCGAAUGAUCUGGGAACAAAAAGUCAAAGUUGUGGUCAUGAUCACCAAUCUGGUGGAACGAGGACAAGGGACCUCCCACGGAUCCAGAGGAAGGGAGUCUUUAUCAACGGUGGGCUCUAAGGGGAAAAGACCCAAGAAAGUUGCAGGGGAAUCUGAGCGCAAGUGUGAUCGAUAUUGGCCAGGCGAAGGAACCGUGAAAUAUGGCUUAAUAGAAGUGACACUGACCAGAGAAGAUGCCAUGGCCACCUACACCAUUCGAACCUUUCGCAUCCGCCAUACUCGUAUCAAGAACGGAAAACAAAACUCUUUCAUGGAGCGAUACGUUUUGCAAUACCACUACACACAUUGGCCAGAUCAUGGAGUCCCGGAGACGCCAUUGCCAUUACUCAAUUUUGUCAAGCGUUCCUCAGAUGCUAAUAGAGAGACCGGGGCCCCAAUAUUGGUCCAUUGCAGCGCUGGGGUCGGUCGGACGGGGGCGUACAUUCUCAUUGACGCCAUGCUGAAGCAGGCAUCUGUUAAAGCAGAGGUGAACGUGGUGGCCUUUUUGAAACAUAUCCGCAGCCAAAGGAACCAUUUGGUCCAGACCAUGGAACAAUACAUGUUUGUUCACGAUGCCCUAGCCGAGGCUUUUGCCUCGGGUGACACGAGCAUCAACCGAGCGUACUUAUCACGCUAUAUCAGCAGUCUUCAGAAUGGAUUCACCACGGACGAGAACUCCAUUCCUUGGCAACUUCUCGAUCGACAGUUCAAAUUGGCCACUGCCUAUCACCCACAAGAGGUUCAAUUCAUGGCGGCCUUGAAUCCGUGCAACCAGUCCAAGAAUCAAAACUUUGAUUAUCUUCCUAUUGAGUCUCAUCGUGUGGCUCUGUCGCCCAAGCCCGGAAUCGAGGGCUCAGAUUAUAUCAACGCUUCUUGGCUGCCUGGCUUCCAUUCGUUGCGCGAUUUUGUCAUUACUCAGCAUCCCAUGGAGCAAACUGUGACAGAUUUCUGGAGAAUGAUGUGGGAUCACAGCCUUAAGACAGUGGUGGUGCUUUCUCCCGUUCAGCAACCCGAGUUCGGUGUAUUCUGGCCCAACCAGCAGAUUGACAUCGAAGUGGAUUCCCUGCGUGUCAAAUUGGUCCACGAAAGUGAGACCAGUGGACAUCAGACAAAAGAUUUCGCCAUGACAUCCAUCCACAAUGACCACGAGCUGUCCAUCAGAGUGGUUUUUAGCCCCGGCUGGCCACACUUCUGUAACCCGUUGAACUCAAUCACGGAUCUGGUCAAAAUUGCUCAAUCAAUCCACCAUAUCCGCCAAGGUCCAAUUGCAGUCAUCGAUCGAUACGGAGGCAUGGAGGCCGCCACAUUUUGCGCUAUCACUACGCUGCUCAAGCAAUUGGAGUUCGAAAACCACGUGGACAUUUACGAAUAUGCCAAGCUCUCGCAUGGCCGACGACCAGGCAUUUGGCGCUCUCAGCACGAGUAUUUCUUUCUGUAUCGGGCUUUUGACUACAUUUGUUCGGGAGGGGCAAGCUUUUCCCACUGCGAGAACAUGGAACAAUUGCAUUCCCUACAGGUUUACAACCAAGCCUAUUACCUCAACCAAUCCAACCCUGGCCUCGCCUAUGGCAACGGGUUCAUCCCGUCCCCGAUGUCGUUGCCAAUCCUGACCAACGGAAGUGCCACCCUACCUCAUCCGGGUCAUCAGCAGACUUCAGUGAUGACUUUACCGCUACACUCGAGUCAUCUGGGGAACAAUACUUUGGUUCAAACCACGAGCUCUUUCCAGACACUACCCCAUCCUUCGAGCCAAAGAUACUAAGGAUGAUUCUUCGCCGAGACUGAGAAUUCCUGAUAGGCCUCUCUCUCUCUCUCUUUCGCUCACUUCCUGGGAAAUGUGUGUGCUACGCAGUAUUGCAGUUAUCUUGCGACAUGAUAAUGAAAGCCAAGGAGAGGAAGCAGACCCAUGAGGUAAUGAACGAGACGUCGGCAAGGGCCCCAAAGAGAUCUCUUGAGACGCACCAUGUCUAAAAUGUCUCAUCAAGUCAAAAUUGUUGUGUAGUGCAAAUUUAAUCUGUGAUAUCGUCCCUUCUCCCAGCAGUAUGUGCUUCUUCAUUUCCCUCCGUUAUCCCUUGGCAUACAUCUUGCCAAAUAUAAUCUCGAACGAAACAGAAAAAGAGCCAACCUGAAUUGUUUACCCCCGUACUGCGAAGUAUGUAUUCCAUGUUGAACCCAUCCACCUACCUUAUGUUGUCUUGUGUUUUCGUUUUCUCUCAAAUACAUUCAAACGCCAAAACGUGGUGUUCCAUUCCAAAGUGGAAAACGCUGUCAC